ACGGCACGUCAGGAUGGCAACGUCAAACCUGGAGAACCAGCUGCAGAGUGCCCAGAAGAACCUGCUGUUUCUGCAGCGAGAACAUGCCAGCACGCUGAAAGGCCUGCACGCCGAGAUCCGCCGCCUGCAGCAGCACUGCACAGAUUUAACCUAUGAGCUGACUGUAAAGAGUUCAGACUUGUCAGGAAAUGGUAGUUCAAAAAGUGAUGAACUAAAAAGAAAGUGUGAAGAUCUUGAAGCUCAGCUGAAAGUCAAAGAGGCUGAAAAUAAUGAUUUACUGAAAGAACUUGAACAAAAGAAUGCGAUGAUAAUGGUGCUGGAGAACACUAUUAAAGAAAGGGAGAAGAAGUAUUUGGAAGAGUUAAAAAUGAAAAGCCAUAAGCUCAACAUGUUGUCGAGCGAACUAGAGCAGCGAGCGAGCACUAUUGCUUAUUUGACUUCUCAGCUACAUGCUACCAAGAAGAAGCUGAUGAGUUCAAGUGGGACUUCGGAGGGGGCCCCGUCUGGCAGUCCCGUGUUGUCCAACUACAAGCCGUCUCCUCCCAAAGACAAACUGCCGGAGACUCCACGGCGCAGAAUGAAGAAGAGUCUGUCGACGCCGCUCAACCCCGAGUUCGAAGAGGCCUACAGAAUAGGAUCGGAGAGCCGGAAGCUGCUGCUAAGAGAGCCCGUGGACGCCAUGCCUGAUCCCACUCCGUUUCUGUUGGCCAGGGAAACGGCAGAGGUGCAUCUUAUUAAGGAGAGGCCCUUAGUUAUUCCGCCCAUUGCUUCAGAUCGUGCGUCCGGUGAGUCGCACAGCCCGGCCCGAGAGAAGCCGCACAAGGCCCACAUUGGGGUGGCGCAUCGCAUCCACCAUGUCACGCCACCCCAGCCUCAGCCGGAGGUGGAAACGCUGGCAGUGGAUCAGGUCCACGGAAGCAAAGUGGUCAGAAAGCACUCAGGGACAGACAGAACUGUUUGA